CGUGUGGAGCAGGCAGAGCAGAGAGGACGAACUUUGUCUCUCUGCAUCGCAGCCUGAGCGCUGCUGACGGGAUCACACACAACAAUGGCGACUCCCAGACCUGACAGCAACUCCAACAGCAACAUUACAGGAUCCACGUCGCACCACUUCCACCAGCAGACACAGAGCAGCAGCAUGCAAGAAACCAACACCUGCUGGAGAUGUCAAAAUGAAACAGGGUUUCAGAUAAGCCUGUCUGGAGUGUCCCAAAGUAAACGUAAAGCUCUGAAGCUGAAUUUCGCCAACCCUCCAGUGAAACCAGCCUCCAGGCUCCCGCUCCAUCCGACGCUCCAUCCGACACUCCAUCCAACGCCACCCUCUUUCCAGAACCCUCACAUAGAGCGUAUGAGGACACACAGUAUCGAGUCGUCGGGGAAGCUGAAGAUCUCUCCGGAGCAGCAUUGUGACUUCACAGCAGAAGAUCUGAGAGACCUUGGGGAGAUUGGCCGCGGGGCGUACGGCUCCGUCAACAAGAUGGUCCACAAACCCACGGGUCAGAUCAUGGCUGUCAAGAGGAUUCGCUCCACUGUGGAUGAGAAGGAGCAGAAGCAGCUGCUGAUGGAUCUGGACGUGGUGAUGAGGAGUAGUGACUGUCCCUACAUUGUUCAGUUCUACGGCGCUCUCUUCAGAGAGGGGGACUGUUGGAUUUGUAUGGAACUUAUGGCUACCUCAUUAGACAAAUUCUACAAAUAUGUAUAUUGUGCAUUAGAUGACGUCAUUCCAGAGGAAAUAUUAGGCAAAAUAACAUUAGCGACCGUUAAAGCACUGAACCACUUAAAAGAAAACUUGAAAAUAAUUCACAGAGACAUCAAACCUUCCAACAUUCUAAUGGACCGAACGGGUAAUAUCAAGCUGUGUGACUUUGGCAUCAGCGGUCAGCUGGUGGACUCCAUAGCCAAGACCAGAGACGCAGGCUGCAGGCCUUACAUGGCGCCUGAGAGGAUAGACCCCAGUGCUUCCAGACAAGGCUACGAUGUCCGAUCUGAUGUGUGGAGCUUGGGGAUCACCCUGUACGAGCUGGCCACAGGAAGGUUCCCGUACCCCAAGUGGAAUAGUGUUUUUGAUCAGCUGACACAGGUGGUGAAAGGUGAACCCCCCCACCUCAGCAACUCAGAGGAGAGGCAGUUCUCCCCCAAGUUCAUCAACUUUGUUAACCUAUGCCUUACGAAGGAUGAAUCAAAACGGCCAAAGUACAGGGAGCUGCUGAAAGAUUCCUUCAUCCUGAUGUAUGAAGAGCGCUACGUGGACGUCGCCAGUUACGUAUGUCGCAUCCUGGAUCAGUUCCCCACCUCUCCCAUCUCUCCUAUGUACGUGGACUGAUGGAGUUAGGCUGGGGAGUUGUGGGGUUGGGGGGACACUAAGCUUUGUGAUGCAACGCUUGACAUCUUACCCCACGGAGUUACGUAGGAUCACUUGUUUAUUCACACGUUCCAAAGAAAAAAGGAACUAAGUCCAAAUUGCCCGGUGCAAUGAGAUGAGUAUUGUUAACCCUUCCACCUCCCGUCACCUCCUUUUAAAGUAAAUGUAAGAUAUCAUCACCCAUCUUCAGCCAGAAAAACUUGAAGACAUUGUCUUCGUAAAAAUGCAAUGCAUCUUUUUAUGUGGGGACAAACGAAUAGAGUAUACAGACAGUAUAUGGUGUAUAUAUAUAUACUUGAAAUCGUACAAAAAUACAGUAUCUACCAAAUAAAACAGUGACACUCACAUUGACGUAUGUGAGUGUCACCUAUUGGACUGUACAUUGUGGACUGUAUGUAUGCGUAUGUGUUUUCACCUCUGAACUGGUGACAUGUACAGAUGUAUGCUGACAGACCUGCUGUCCAAACACACCUCUCACAGUUUGUUGUGGGAACCUUCACUCAUGGUAAAUGAAGGAGUAUGCAAAAGUGAUUCUCUGGAGAGCUCAUGGAUUCGGUAGCGUGGCUUUACUUCUGUCUUUUUUUUUGUUUUGUUUUUUCCAAUAUGCAAUCUGUGAGAGUUUGUCCUGACACAUGAUUGGGACAUUUUCUCACAUCCAUAGUUUGUACCUUUCAUAUAUUAUCAUUACAGAUCAGUCACAGAGCUAAGCAUCUAGUUCUCUAAAAGAGAAAUCCCUAAACCCAGAUGAUCAAUCCUAGCCCUUUGCUGCAGGUCAUCCCAUCCCCCCCCCCCCCCGCCUUUCCUGUUUCUCUCCAAGCUGUCGCUAUCCAAUAAAGCAGCAAUGCCAAAAAAAACUCCUCCUACACUGCUAUCACCAGAUGAUGUGAUGAACCUGGACACAUCAUCAGUGAUGUUACCUGGACACAUCAUCAGUGAUGUUACCUGGGGUCAUCUGGGGUAUUUCGGGUCUUUCAACAAUCAGACAUCCUCACCCAGGCAACCCAGCCAGGGUGAUGGAGUCCCGGCUUGUGUCCAGGUAGAACUACCCCCCCCCCCACGGCUCUCCUCUCCUGAUCCACAGCCCCCCUUGACGCAACGUCUGCUGCAUCGGUAGCCAACUUGAUGGUCCCUUCUCCUACUGGCCCCUGUUAUGCCCAGCAUGUUACAGGCCCUCCAAACCCUCUGCACCACCUCGAUGGGCCCACACCUCGCUCGCCCCCCGUUGCUCCGGCAUUCUUCCACCAGCUCAGUGUACUUUGCUCUCUUCCUCUUGUUUUUCUGUAAUCAGUGUAGCAUGAAAACAUGGUGGACUUAGUAAGCUAGCUAACUAACUUUUGAUUUGAUUAAUUAAACCUUUAUUUAACCAGGUAGUACUCAUUGAGAUUAAGAGUCUCUUCUGCAAGAGAGACCUGGCCAAGACAGCAGCAUUUAAACAUACAUUCAAGUUUCAGACGCCACAACAUAAAAGAAAUGCAAAAUAAAUACAUAGCAUAAUGUCAUACAGAACACAUUACAAUCAAGUGUUUGAAGCAACGUUAAAGUGGAAACAUUCAGAAACACAGACAGCUCCUGAUUGACUCUGCUUCUUGGUCUUUCACUAAUGUUUUAAAUUCAUACGUUCAUGCUAGAUCCAUUUAACUAGCAGACAGCUGGCUAGUUAGCUAGCUCACAAUAAAGAAGAGGCGAACAGCGGGCUGGUGACCGGCGGCAGCGCUGGGCCUAACAGUCCCUUCCACCUCACCCCUCCACUGCUCCGGAGAAGGACAAGCUACGUAGCUAACGAGCCAGCUGUCCAUCUCUGGAGCUUCACAGUCGUAUAGUUAAGGUUAGUCGUCGACCUCGAAUGGUUAAGGUGAGGAUAGGUCAUUGGGCCGCGAGUCUCGUGAGAGUGUUUGCACAUUUUGCUGCUUGCUUCUAGACACAAGCCACACUUUACGGCCCCACUGUUGUCACCAUAACAACUAACAAUAAAUCACCAUUCUAUUUUACACUAGUCAAAUGAGCACGGAAAACAGUCCGCUGUCUGUUCUACUCGUGUUCUAUUUCUGUGGUUGCGAGCGAACGACCUGAGUUUUUCAGAGGUCAUCGGUGAGUUCUCUUUCAGAAGAACGGAUGUUUAGCUCUGUCACUCCAACAUAAUAAUAUGCACAAACUGGGGCUAAUUCAUUGCUUCACUGCCUGAUGUAAAGUUCCUUUAGGACAUCCUGUCCACUGAUGUAAAUGUGUGUGUAUAUAGGACAUCUAAUCUGCUGUUCCUGGCCGGUUCUGCUCUACCGUUAAGGCUCGUUCAAAUCAAACAGUGAGGAGAUGUGGCUGCAGAAUGAUGGUGUGUCUGUAUGUUUCAGUUUGAGAAUGAGUCCUGAUGCUCCUCAGCAGCCUGCCAUAGCACUGUACAGUUCAACUACUCAUCCACACUGAUCACAGAUCCACCAUGCUGCCAUGUUUAGGCAAAACAGUAGUGACUACAUCUUUAAAAGUCCUGGCGAGUGUUUCCUGUCGAGAUGAUGACACCCGUAAUUGCUGCUAAAUGACAAAAUGUCCACUUCUGCACCAACCACACAGCUGUCAGGAGAGGAGGGAGAUCUCUCCUCACAUGGUUACUGCGCUUUGACCCUUAAGGUCACCGUGGACUCAGCAUGUUCCUCUGUGACUCGGCAUGUCUCUCUGGCCUGCACUGAUGAUAGAAUGUUUCCCAUACGCCAAACCGCGUAUUACCCUCGGGAUGCAUCUCCGUAGCCUGAAACACGUUCCCUCGCCGGUCCUCCUCCACCGGUCCUCCUCCACCAGCGCUGCUGUAUUGCAGUUUACCGUACCAGGACAAGUGAAGGGGAGGCUGCAACCUGAGACUAUCGAGAUUCACCCGCCGUCAGAAAGAACGUCACACAACUUGGAGUUAGCUACUUAACCAAACUGUUUGAUGGAUGGUGGUCCUUCCAAACUGGGACACUGUAGAGACUUGUAAUAAAGUACUUUAAUGGAUAAAGAUGGCAUUAUUUACAUUUUCUUUUUUGUCAACAAAUCCCAUUAAUAUUGCCAGCUUUAUCUGUCAGCAGAGCAAAUACUAAUAAUGUAAAGUAAUUUAAUGUGACACGGCCUAUACAAUAAUAAGGCAAGAGGUAUACAGUGACUUCAGAUCAGCUGGGUGACGUUUUAUGAGUCUGUUGAGUAUUACUGUUAUUGUUAUGCUUUAAGCUCAAUGCGAAAAAAAAUACAUAUGUCCUCAACAUUGAUCGACUUUGCUAUUUUUUUGGGCUUUUUUUCAUUUAGUUUCAUUACAUUAAAGAAAUUGCCGUACUUAAAGGGCCACUUCAGGGAUUUUAGUUGUACUUGUUAAAGUUGGGAGUCUUGCAAGAGAGAAAAACAGAGUGGUCCAAAUUGAUGCAGCAAAGGCUGCUAUAUCCUGAGUUUUAGUCCUUCAUGGGGUAAGCUUCAUGAGAAUGUUAGUAAUUGUAGUUAAUUGUAGUCUAAAGGCCGAUGACAUCAUCAGGGAUAUUUUCUCAGACUUGACAAAGCUCCUCCAGAACCACAGAAGACAUUCUAGAACUGUUUUCAGAGGAUGAAUAAUACUCCCAAUGACUGGAGUUCCCCUGUACGUUCUAUUUAAUACAUGUCAGCCAUGUUGGAAAAUGGCCACCAUCAUCGGGGUGUUCGGGGUGUUUGGGGUCACUUAGACUUGUUGAAUACUUGUGGCUUAUUCGGGACGGUAAAACAUUACAAGCGAGUUGGUGGAGAUGCAGCGUAGACCAGACGUUAUUCUCUCUAGUUUAAAUGGAGAAUCGUGUCAGCUCUGCUUCGCUCCGUUUCUAUCUGUAAUGUGAAACGGUGAGAAAACCCAGAUCUGUUCUUCUCUUCUGGGAUACAUCUCCACUGGGGAAUAGGUAUCUCCAGGGUACAUGUUGUAUAAAUUGCAAAUGACUAGAAUGUUCAUAUUAGAUUAUAAGAUAUUAAGGGCAAUGAAUAUGAUAUUGUAUCUUUAUCUUUAAGGGUUACAAAUAAACUUCCCAUGGAAAAUAUUGAAAACCUGUAUUGUGUGCUUCUUGUGAAUCGGACAUGAAUAAAAAAAACAUAACUGCAGAAA